AAUACUGACCAAUCAGCGCUCUCAAUCGAGUAAGUCAGGCAGCGGCUCGUAUGAGGAAAUUGACGGUAAAUCAGCUGCCACAUUUAGCUACGCCAGCUUUAAUAGACUUUGGAAACAGAAACGAGCAGUGCAGAACAUCCAGCAGUAACAUCACACACCUGAGGACCAGUCUGUUCAGUGUCCGCGCUCCGCCCGUGCAGUUCGUGGUGUCUGCGAGAUGAGGGCUCUGACUUUGCAGCAGACCAGUGGGUCCCAAGGAGGGCGUCAGCAGGCCACAUGUGGGAGAAGUUUGUCUUCCAACUACGCUCCUCCGAAUCUGGAGAAUAAGUUCUUAUCUCAGGCCUCCACGCUGAUGCCCCCACCCUGCUCUGCAUUCUUAAGCUUUGCAGCACAGCCCUCCUCUUGCCCCUCUCUCCAGCCCUCCAGCCUGUCCUCCACCUCAUCUCCUCUUCUCUCCACGGCUUCCUACUCACCUUCCCUCACCUCUCCUCUCCUCAGCACCGAGAACAAGCUCCUAGACAGCCAUUCACCUCUCUCUUUUUCCCUGACGACUGCCCCCAAUCAAUCCCUGCUCACCACAUCCCUGCCAAGCAGCACUUUGCUCAAUCGCUUUGCUCAUGCUCCUUCGUUCCUGCAUGAUGUUCUGGAAGAGAAGAGGGAUGAUGGAGGAGAUGAAGACAGAGAGGAAACAUCUGAAGUGAUGCAGUCCUGUUUUGAAGAAACAAGUAUGACGCACUCUGAGGAAGAUGAUGAUGUGUCUGAAGAGGAGGAGGAGGAGGAGGGGGAGGAUGAUGCAAGGGCAACCAUGGAAUUGCCUGUCCUGGAAACAGAGUUGGGAAACCAGGAGUUUGAACAAGCUUUGGUCAUCAGACAGCAGGAAUUUGCUGAGGUUGAAAGAGGAGAUGAUAAGAUUAACGAGGAGGUGAAAGAAAAAAAGUAUCUCCUGCUGAACGUGGUUUGUUGCUCCCUGGUCAAUAAGAGCACAGCUCCAGGCCAGAAGGACUGGGACUCCAAGAAAAGUGUUUGGACCAACAUCAUAAACCUGGCAAAGGACAUUUCUGUCCAUGACCCGCAGUUUCUCCUCAAGGUGGCAAUUUACACUCGACAGCAGUUGAACAUCCGCAUCACAACAAACUUUUUAUUGGCACUGGCUGCCAAUCAGGCCUCCACCAAGCCGCAUCUCCGCAGAUACUUCUGUGCUGCCGUGCAGCUGCCCUCCGAUUGGCUGGAAAUCGUCAGAAUCUACAGUAUGUGCUUCAGCCGCUCCCUGCCGAUGUGCCUGAAGAAGGCAAUGGUCGACAAGUUCAGGCAGUUCAGCGAGUAUCAGCUGGCCAAGUACAACACACGCAAACACCGCUGCAAACACAGCCGGAACAGGCGCAAAGGCAAGAAACCAACUGCCGAGCAGCUAAAACAGUGGGCGAAUUUGCUCAGAUCAGAAGCGUCUCUCCUGUCGAAGUUUCUGCAGUUAGAGGGCAGCAAAGUGGUGGUGGAUAAGAAGCAGAGUGAGUUCAGUAUGAAGAAGAUGAUAAAGAGGCUUCACAUUAAAGAACCGGCUGAACAUGUGAUGGCCAUCCUGGGAAAAAAGUAUCCUGCCGACCUGAAGGCGUUCACCCACAGUGGAAUGAAGGGCAAGUGGGAGAGGGAGAGAGCCGGGCAGCGAUUGAAGCUCAAAGAGCCGCAGACGUGGGAUCGGCUGCUCAGCCUGGAGGGCAACAAGGCCGCCACCUGGGAGAAGCUCAUAGACAACAAGUCUCUUCCGUUCAUGGCCAUGCUGAGGAACCUGAGGAACAUGAUCACUAGUGGCAUCAGUGAGGCUCAUCACAAGAAGGUCCUCAGCAGACUGACCAAUAAGAAAGCGAUAAUUCAGAGCCGACAGUUUCCCUUCAGAUUCCUCGCUGCCUACAAAGUCAUCAUGGAGCUUCGUACUCUGGCCUCGGAUUCACAGCAAGUACUCCCCCCUGUUCAAGAGAUCCUGAAGGGCAUCCUCAAGAGGAUUCCCAAGAGCAAACGCUUCCUUCGUCAGGACUGGGAUACAUCUUCAAGGAAAAGGAUCAGGGUGUCACUUGGAGUGCCGUUCAUCUAUCGACUAUACCGAAUCAAGAAGGCCCAUCUCCUAAAGGCCAAACAGAGGAAGUACACUCUCGAGCUGCUGGAUCGUUACCGCAACGCCCUGGAGGCGGCUGUGCAGAUCGCCUGUCGCUACAACGUGCCACCGCUCCCUGGACGGACUAUUAUCCUGCUCUGCACUCGCAUGGGGACUGAUCACAACCUGAAAGAGGACUUCUGCCUCCCGCCAGACCCUGAGGCCGAUGAGGAGAAUGAGAAGGAGGAAGAAGAAGAGUCCACAAGGAGAAGGAGAAAGAAAGUGGAAGACAAGCUCGCUCCCUCUAUGAUGGAGGUGGCAGUUUUGCUCUCCCUGAUGAUUGACUGCAGUGCCGAGGACUGUCUGCUCUACUUAGUGAACUGGAAUAGCUAUAAAAAGGUCGAACUGAAGUCUGAUGUUCUUUUGGAUAACGUCUGGAGUGUGUUGAAGCAAGCAAAGUCAUUUGAAUGCAGUGAUGAAGGCUCCAUCACACCAUUCAACAACAACAUCAAGCUGGACAACAUCAUCAUGUUGUCUGACACCUGGGUCGAUUAUAUAGUAGACUGGACUGUCAGCAAAUACAGGAAGGACAUAAACAACAAAGCCCUCUUAGUGCGACUCUUCUUGUCAUCGCAGGGACAUCAGGACUACAACUCCGACAGUAACUGUGUGAACCUGACAGGUUUCAGUGAACAAAUGCUGAGGUUUGUGGCAGAACGAGGAUCAUCCAGACUGCUGGACCAUGUGGAGCACAUGGACAGACUGUACAAUGUCAAACCACCAGAGGGCGCUCAAAGCCCUCAGGCCUCAGACAGUGUAGUGUCAUUACCAGCCAGCCCCAACUUAAGGUGGAGAGGUGUGCGUGUCUUCAUCUCCUCCACCUUCAGAGACAUGCACGCUGAACGCGACAUCUUGGUGCGGAGUGUGUUCCCGGAGCUCCGGCGUCGUGCUGCGGCCCACUGCCUCUUCCUGCAGGAGGUGGAGCUCCGAUGGGGUGUGACAGAGGAGGAGUCAGGGCGGGCCACCGAGCUGUGCCUGUCGGAGGUGUGUCGCAGCCAGAUGAUGGUGGGAAUCCUGGGGGAGAGAUACGGCGUGGUGCCCCCCAAACCCGUCCUCCCUGACCUGCCUCAGCACAGCUGGCUGGCGACGGCCCCAGCAGGCCUGUCCAUCACAGAGAUGGAGAUCCGUCAGUUCCAGGCUCUGUACCCCGACUCAGCACGCCACCGAAUGUUCUGCUACUUCAGAGACCCAAACGUCAUCAAAUCAGUUCCGGUGGCUUGGAGAUCAGACUUUGUUGCUGAAUCAAAGGAGACUGAGGCUAAAAUGUCCUCUCUGAAGAGAAGGAUCCAGGCCAGUGAAGUAAAGGUCACUGAAAAUUACACAUGUGAGUGGGGAGGAGUCGUGGAUGGGAAACCAUAUCUGAAAAACCUGGAGGACUUUGGAAAGGCCGUGCUUGAAGACGUGUGGACGGCUGUAGUGAAGCAGUUUGUGGAAGAGGACGACGAGGCCGAGGCUGCGUCCGACACGACCGUGCAGGAGGUGCACCAGGGGGCGCUGCAGAGGCAGUUCUUCGGCAGGGCGAAGCUCCUGGUCGGGGCUGUCGACAUAGUGGAGCAGGUCCAGACCAAAGGGGGGAUGAUGGUGGUGGAAGGAGGACCCGGAGAGGGCAAGACUGUCUUCAUGGCUGCUCUGGCAGACACCCUCAGGACGGGAGUUAAGUCUCGGAAAAAGCUCGUCUGCGAUGUCAUCUCCUACUCUACAGCUGCAAGCCAAUCAGCAUGCUCGGUGGAAAACCUUCUUCAGUGCCUUGUCCGGUGGUUGAGGAAGAUGAAAGAAGCUGAGGAGGAGGAGAAGGAAUCGCCUCUUCCCCAUUCUUACAAAGAACUGCUGUCAGAAUUUCACUCCAGUUUGAGUGACAUGAAAAAGAAGAAACCUCUGGUGCUGCUCGUUGACGGGGUGGAUCAAGUCCAAGACGGCAGAGGUCAGCUCACCUCUGACUGGAUACCACAGCAGCUUCCACAGGGUGUUUGUUUGGUAGUGAGCAUCACAUCCAAAGCUGCACUGCUACAAGCCCUGGCCAAGAAGAAAAGCACUGUCCUGUUUGCCCUGGGCCAGCUCACCAUGCCUGACCGGAAGGAGAUCGUCCAGAAGGGACUCGACUCCUUUGGGAAGAAACUCAGUGACUCUGCGUUCAACAACCAGCUCCAGACGCUGACAAUGAAGAAGGGAGCAGUGAGUCCUCUCUACCUGCACCUGGCCUGUGAGGACCUGAGGAACUUCGCCUCCUUCGAUAAGUUGAAGGAGAGCCUCCAGGGUUUGCCUCAGUCUCUGAGUCAGCUGGUGCAGUACAGCCUGGACCGAGUCUGCUCACAGCACAGAGGCCUGCUGGGACUCCGCUGGGCCCUGGCGGCACUCACCAUCAGCGCCACUGGCCUGAGGGAGAGAGACUUGUACUCUGUGCUGAACACAUGCAAUGACCUGUCCUCACGGGACGGACAGGUCACGUGGCGGGAAGUAUUGCGUCUGUCCAGGAAGCCUAAAGGACGCGUUCCCAUGGCGACUUUCACCCGUAUAGUGCAGAGUUUAAAAAGUCUGAUUGGUCCGUCUCUUUGCCACACCACUGACGACCUGUUGACUGUAACCAAUCCGGAGGUGAGGAGUGCCUUUGAGGACUUUCUCCUCCCAGCGGAGAGUGACAGAACCAGAGCUCACCUCGUGCUGGCAGCUCACCUGUGGGCACUAGCCGACCAGCAGGCCACAGAUACCUUCCUUCACUGUGAGGCCAACUCGGUCAUGCACCUGCCUUCCCACCUGAUUCAAAGUGGUCAGCUGGAGGCGCUUCAUUCCCUGCUUUCCAGCUACUACUUCCUGUAUGCUAACGUGCGCCAUGGCCUCCUGCACCACCUCCUGAAGGUCUACAGCUCGUGUGAGGACGAGCAUAAACCUGCGCCAUCAUCUGGUUUCCAGGAUCGUCUAACAGAAUGCUGGAGUUUCCUGCGGCGUCACGCCCUCCUGCUCUCCUCCUGGCCGGCUCUUUGCAUACAGCAAGCCCUCAACGAGCCUCCUGAGACCUUCGCUCACACCUGGGCACAAGGCCUGAUGGGAGAAGGAAAAGGAGGAGUCCGGGUAAUCGAGUGGCUGAACAAUGACCAUCAUCUUUCAAAGGAGACCAGUGAGCUGGUGGCGACCUUCUCCUCUAGCCCGACCUGUGUGGUUGUGAGCUCAGAUGGAGAUCUGAUGGUGGUUGGCACUGGGCAGGGCAUGCUGCACUUCAUCAGCGCACACACCGGACAGGAGGUGAAAUUGCUGGUGAGUAGCUGUGAUGGCAUCUCAAGCUGCGUCUUUCUUAGAGAUGGACGUCUUGCUACCACCUCCUUUGACGGACAAAUAGAGAUCUGGGACGUUGAAAAUGGGUGCAGGACUACUCUUGUUGCUGCUCACACUAAUGCGAUAACAGCAAGUGAUACCACUGCAGACAGGAAGCAUCUUGCCACUGUGUCUCUGGACUCCAUGAUGAAAGUGUGGUCUUCCACCAAAGGUCAUGAGGUAGCAGCCCUGUUCAGCUCCAGUCCUUUGAACUGUGUGACCUUUGACCCCGAUGAUCACCUGCUGGCUGCUGGUUGCUGGAAUGGGAACGUGAUUGUGUGGAAUUGGCUCCAGAAUAAAACUCAAACGACCCUGUCCGGUCACCAGCGCUCAGUGCGCAGUCUGUCCUUCUCUUCCACCUCGAUGCUCUGCUCUGGCUCAGUGUCUGGAGAGGUCAGGGUGUGGUCGGUGCCCACCUCCACCUGCGUCGGAUGUUUCCAGGCUCACGCUGGUGCCACGGAGGCCCUCACCUUCCUGGAGGACGGGAGCAUGCUGCUGAGCGCCGGCUCUGACAACAUGGUCCAGCUCUGGUCGGGGGGACUUGGACGUUCGGUCACUGCAUUAAAAAGUGAUGAAUGUGAGAAGGAGCCUCCUCUGAAGAAACGGAAGUCAGUAAACUCUGAGCCUGCUGCACUGUGUGUGGCUGUCCGUGGAGACUAUGCUGCUGUGGGGUACCAUGGUGACGGCAUCAGACUCUUCAGUCUUUCAUCAGCUCAGUUGAUGUGGGCCUCCAAGGACCUCGAUGUGUCCAUACUGUGCCUGCUGUGGGUCGUUCUGGACGCCGAGCAGACCGAACCAGAGCUGCUGCUGCUGUCUGGAGGAAGUGACAAACUUGUGAGAAUCUGGAAAAGAGCAGAGGGCGAGGAGGGAAGCCUGGGAGCCAUGGAAAUGUCUGGACAGUUUGGUGCGCAGACAGGCGCCAUCCUGGCAUUAGCACAAAACUCUGCAUACCUGGCGACCGCGUCAGAUGACUGCACCAUCGCUCUGUGGCUGCUGGGCGAUCUGGACCGCGACCACUCGGCUGAGCCUCACGCCCUUCUGAGGGGUCACAGCGGAGGAGUCACCUGUUUGUCCUUCAGCCCUGAUGGCGAACAGCUGCUGUCUGGUGGAAAAGAUCAGGCCCUGAUGGUGUGGGAUGUGAGCGUGUCUCCUGCUGUUCUCUCCAAGUCGCUGCCUCACUCUCACAGAGACUGGAUCACCGGCUGCGUUUGGACUCCAGACUGCGUGAUCAGCUCUUCAAACGAUGGGAGGCUUUGCUUAUGGGAUCUGCAGGCAGGCCAGCAUGUCAAAGAAAUCUCCUGGAAGAGUCCCCUUACAUCUGUCUGCUGUGUGGGACAGUAUGUGGUCGCCGGCAGCGCAGAGGGAGCGCUUCAUGUUUGGACCUGGGAAACGAGCGUCGAAAUCUGCCACGUUGCUGCACACAAGCAGCGUAUCCACCACUGCUCUCUCCUUCCAAGUACAGACGAGGCCAAAGAAGUGAACCCGGAACAAAUGACUGUUUUCACUGCGUCUGAUGACGGCAAAGUGCAACUCUGGAAGCCGCUGCAGGUGGAGCAUCUUCGCACCCUCGCGGGUCACAACGGCGCCAUACAUGGAGUCGUUCGCAAAGAGGGACUCCCAGAAUUCCUCACUGUUUCUGAAGACUGCUCGCUGCGAUGCUGGACAUGGACAGCAGGGGGUCCUCCCACUCAGAGGGGCUCAGUCACAGCUCUGCUCUUCUCUCCAAGAGAUGAUUUGCUUCUUGCUGGCUGUGAAUCCGGUUUGCUUGAAUUAUGGCAGCACAACGUUGUGGUCGGCCACAGUCAGGCCUCAGACAGCCCCAUCACAGCGAUCUGUUCCAUGCCUCAAAACCAGUUUGCUGUCAGCUACAUGAAAAAUGCUGUCGAUGUGUUCAAGCUGGUGUGGAAUCGACAACACGGCACUGCAAGCCUGGUGAAGGUGAACACUUACAAGGUGACGGAGCCCAUCACCUGCCUCAACUACUGCACAGUCCUGAUGGGCGUGUCAGUCAAGGGAAAAAUAUACAACGUCUCAAAUGACGACGAAAACCAGUGGCAUCAGAGUGUCACCAGCUGGGAGACGAGAGUCAGAGUUUUUGACUUGAUCCGUAACGACGAGAAGAGCAUGUGGCUGUUGGGCGAAGGAGAAGGAGAAGUUCAAAUUGGCUUCAUUUUCGCCCUGGGUCCCAAAAUUGCACUGUAUUCAGCUUUCAGUUCAGUGAACCUGGAGACCAGCGAGGAGGAGAAAAAGGGGAGCAUGAUAUCAUCAUUAACUCUGAACAACGACUUGGUUGUGUGUGGAGACGUGAAGGGCAACAUGUGGUUCAUUCAGCCUCCUGAACCUUCCACGUGGAGCACCAGGAAACCUGCCCACAGUGACAGGAUCAGCGUGCUGAGACUCACUGAGGGCGCCAUCAUCUCAGCCUCGUACGACGGCACAGUGAAGCUGUGGGACAGAAACACUAAGAAGCAGGUGGGUAUGUUCGUGUGUGGAGCACCUGUUGAGCGUUUGGAGGUGAACCCUGAAAAACCCACCGAGCUGGUCUGCGGUGACAGACAGGGAAAGCUCUACUUCCUCUCCUGGAAAGAAUAACCCUCAAGAUGUUGCACACUAAAUUCAUGAUUCAGGAAAAACACAUUAAUUAAUCACUACACAAAACCAAAGGUUGCCAGAAACAUUUUGCUUCCUCUUUGCUUCAGUGCAGGCAAAUGUGCAAUGAAUGUGUUUUAAAACGUAGGUGCAAUAUUCAGCACAUACAGGCCAACGCAGUAUCACAGCAGCUUGUCAAACAGUCUGAUUCAUAUACAGGGAGACAAAUGCACUUGUUCCAUUUCUGUCCGUGGUUAUGUUUAUCCAACAAAGCACUUUUGGUUGAGGUUAGCAGAAGAUGUUUUCAGUUCAUGAAACAGUUAGGAAAAGUAAUCUAUGGGAUUUACUUUGGUUAUGGCGAAGAGAAGAUUGUGAUUUUUGUUAUAUUUUAAUAAAAAUGUAGGUUUGUGAAAUGCUAACCUUUACUCUUUAGGAUUCAUAUACGUGGACAAGAAUAUUUAAUUUUUAACUUGUGCUGUCACAACAUGAAUUGUGCCCAUUUCACAAAGUGUCAUGAUGGCAUUUCUCUCUGUUUGAUGAACUGCUGCGAUGCUGCUUUGUUAAGGGAAAUAGAUCUAUGUAACAGGCAAAACGUCACCCAUAUGUAACAAGUAAGUAUAAAAAUAUAACUUUGAGCUUUACAGAUAUUAGCAGUUAUGUUUGAAUUGAAUUAUUUCUUUUAUUUGAAAACUGUAACAGAAUGUGGCAUGUGAAACACUAAAAAAUAGGUGCGAGAACUUUAAAUGAUUUUUCUUUGACAUUAAAAUGAUGUUAAAGUCA